GCCAAGGCGAGGGGGCGGGACGAUGUUCUCCGGUACCGGCUCCAGCGGCCUGUAUAAAGCCCCCCUAUCCAAGAGUCUUAUGGUGAUCUUAAGUACUUUGGCCUUUAUUUUAACUGUACCUCUUCAGCAGUACCAGCAGUACUUCAUCUAUAACCUACAAGCAAUAAAACAAGAUCAUGAGAUAUGGAGAAUCAUCUCUGCUAGGACUGUUUGUCUCGACCUGAAAGACUUAUUCUGCAGUUGCAUUCUUAUUUACAAUUUUAGAAUAUUUGAAAGAAGAUAUGGUAGCCGAAAGUUUGCAUCUUUCCUUCUGGGUUCCUGGGUGCUGUCUGCAGUUAUGGACUUACUGCUAGUGGAAGCCCUACAACAUACACUUGACGUGUCUGUGAGCAUCUUGCCAUCUGGUUUUCUGGGCCCCAUCUUUGCACUGUUCGUGCCUUUCUACUUCUCCAUUCCAAGUGUUCAAGUGACGCAAAUCCUGGGCAGGUUUUCCAUAACAAACAAGACCUUGGUCUACAUUGUGGGUCUACAGCUUUUGACGUCUAGUACCACGAUAUGGAUUUUGGCCUUGAGUGGACUGUUUUCUGGAAUUGUUUACCACUACAAUGUGCUGAAGGUGCAGCAAUUAUUUAGUGUACCAAAGUGGGUAACCAGAUGUGCCUCGUUUACCCUUGAACCCCUCUUCUCAUCUGCUGAUCCCACCCAUGAGACCCCCAUAGGAAUGGGCGCAACCCUGGAAAUUCAGAGACAGCAGAGGAUGGAACUGCUGGAUCAGCAACUCAUGCUGGCUCAGCUUAACCAGAACAACAGAAGACGUCGAUGGCAGGGUGGCUUGAUUAACUGGAAUCGGCUCUUUCCUCCACUACGCAACAGAUUUCCUUCCAACAAUCAACAACAAGAGAGUGAACCGAACCGACCUUCAACAACUGCUGCAGUUUCUGAAGAACAAGUGGCGAGGCUGAUGGAAAUGGGUUUUUCUCGAGUCGACGCUAUGGAAGCUCUGAGAGCUACUAACAAUGACCUUAAUAUGGCCACCAACUUCCUACUUCAGCACUAACAGGAGCAGAUCCCGUUGCCCAACAGCCAUUCUAUUCUCAACAUUCUCCACACUCAAAAACUCCUGUUUUGUUCAACAUCCAGGCAGAAAGAUCUACCAUGAUGUGGAUUAUACAUUACAUAUUUUACACCCUGUAGGAAAUAUGCAGCGGCUAAUUUUCACAUUGGCAUUUCAGUGGAUCCUGCACCUUUGCCUCAAUGGCACACCUUCACAUAGUUCACAAAUACAGAUGAAGAAAAAAGAAUUUACAUUUAUAUAACACCUUUCACACCUACAAGAUGUCCCAAAACACUUUACAGCCGAUUAAAUACUUAUUGAAGUUUAAUGUAGGAAACAGGACAGGUGGUGGCAGAGCAAUAUUGUCACUAUAUUGCUCUAGUACUCCAGAGACCCCGGGUUCGAAUCCCACCAUGGCAGAAGUUGAAAUUUGAAUUCGAUAAAAACCUGGAGUCAAAAGUCUAAACCGUGGCCAAUUGUUGUUAAAAAAAAACCCACCUCCUUUAGGGAAGGAAAUCUGCCGUCCUUACCUGGUCUGGCCUACAUGUGACUCCGGACCCACAGCAAUGUGAUUAAAUACCUUCUGAACAAGAGACGAGCAAUUAGGGAUGAGCUAUAAAUGUUCGCCUAGCCAGUGAUGUCAACAUCCCAUGAACGAAUUUUAAAGAAGUCAAUCUGAGCACAAGCUUCUACAAACCACAAUGUGUUAAUCAUCAGAUUUUAUUUUUUUAGUGAUGUUGGUUGAGUUGGAAUACUCAAUGCGUAUUGUCCAGAACUCCACUGCUCUUCGUCAAAAAGAACCUUUUUGAUUUAUAUAUGUACAGUGGCCUCAGUUUAAUGUUUGAUCCCUCAGUACGAGUCAGCCUAGAUUUUGGGCUGAAGUCUCUGGAGUGGGACCCAAACUUUCUAACUCUGAGACUUUAACUAGAUAUGAUGUUAAAUACUUUUCGUUCUGAGAUUGUGCAAAUAAAUAGCUAUGAGUUA